ACGUUCAGCGAGGUCUACACAGCAGAACGAUUUCGCACUUUUGCAACCCUGGCUCCAAGUACUUACACUUUUACUCCAUCACACCGCCAAGACCUAGAUGCAGUUGUCUGCUCGUCGAGCUCCGUCCCCGGCCACACCUUCCAGCGAGAGACGAGGAGCUUUGAGCUGGCCUGCGGGUAAACACGACAGCAAGAAACAUGCUCGUGAACCGGCCCGUAACGGACGCCACAGAUGCAGUCAUCAAUGCUGUAAACAUCCGAUACGAGCCACUCUAGGGCCGACGUUCACGGAUAGACUGACGAAUGUGUCUCCGGCUCACGAUGCUCCAUUGGCUGACGACGAUGGCGACAGCGGAGCGUGCUAGGCCGGCUUCUCCCACUCGCCCGGCUCCUUGAACGUGGAGCCGUGAUGGGCAAAGGCAACACCAGCUCCGGCGCCAGCGGGCGCCGUCGAUGCUGGGGAGGCCGGGCGCGCGUCCCUGGUGGCUUCCAAUGGGCUAUGUGGGGUGGUAGACGCGCAAGAAUGUGGUGCUCAUCUUUCCCAUCCUCCCCCUCAUGCCACGAAUCGACCAAAGCACCAUGGUAGACCACACUGCCUCAGGGUCUGUCUGGGGAAUGCUGAAACGCUCGAGGAUGACUUAUCGGAGGGAGGAGACAAUAGUGGUCAAUACCAGACUGGCACGGAGCGGACGGUAGCCAGAUUCCACGCAACCGCUGACAUGUUCAUCGCGAGGGAUGUUGAGCAAGAUGAGCCGACGACAGAUGGCCCCCAAGUCAAGCGAGCGGUCUACUGUGCAGUACGCCGUACAAGGCCAACUAAUUUUGGCGU